CAAUAACAAUCAAAACAAAAAUAUAAAAAAAAAAAACAAAAACAAAAACACUUGCCAAUUUCCUCUCCCCUCUUCUCUCUCUCUCUCUCUCUCUCUCUCUCUUCCUCUCUUUCUUCUUCGUCUCUCCCCCAAGCAUGGGUCCUCCAUCUUCUUCUUCUUCUUCUUCUCCAAAAUACCUCGCAAUCCAUCACUUUCCCACACUUUCUCUCAAUUUCCCUCACUUUCUCUCCCUAUUUCUCUUCCUUUCCCUCCUCAUAGCCUCAACCUCAUCCACCCCUACCACCAUCUAUGAUCACCUUCGCCUCCAUGGCCUCCCCAUAGGCCUCCUACCAAAGGGUAUCACUCAAUAUUCUCACGACCCCUCCACCGGCCAUUUUCAGGUAUUUCUGGAGCACCCUUGUAACGCUAAGUUCGAGAACCAGGUUCACUACGAUUUCAACGUCUCUGGGACAUUGAGUUUCGGCCGGAUCGGCGAGUUGUCUGGCGUAUCGGCACAGGAGCUUUUUCUUUGGUUCCCUGUUAAAGGUAUUCGGGUUGAUGUUCCUAGUUCUGGCCUCAUUUACUUUGAUGUGGGUGUUGUGGAUAAGCAAUUCUCUCUCUCCCUUUUUGAAUCCCCUCCUGAUUGUGCCGCUGUCGAUCCUUCUGAUCCCAGUACCAAUGUUGGCGAUGACCCAAUUGAUGUUUCGCAUUUUAAGUCUCAGGAUAAAUCCCAAAAGCUCAGGCUUAAAGCUGGUCAAAGAAGUGAACUAAGGGCUAUAUCAUAGAUUAUGGGGGCAGAGAUAUGAUUUAAGGUUCAAGUUAGCUCAAUCAACCUGAGGGUUUUUCCUUUUCGCCUGAAGAGAAUGUUGAAGAGUCUGGUUUGGGAGGUCGUAUGCUUCCAGUAUGUGUGCUUGCUUGCUUAGUUGCUGUAUUGUACAAACAUUUCGGCCUGAUACUUCAGUCUUUGCCGGGGGGGGGGGGGGGGGGGGGGGGUGGAAAGCAGAACAAUUUUGGUAAUGAGGAGAGAUAGAGAGAAACAAAGGCUAUGAAGAUUGGGUCUCACAUUUAGCAGUGAUUUGAAAGUGAGAUAAAAGGGUAUUGGAUCAGGUUGGUCUUGGCUAAUAAUAUAGAAUCGUAUGUUUAUUGUUAUAAUAUCACCUUGCAUAUAGAUUUGUGUAAGUUUUUGUACUUUUUUAAGUUUUAUGUAAAUGGAGAAAAACCGCAGGUUGGUUUUGUGCUGAAGUGAAGUGGCCAGAAAUUUUAUGAUAUUUUCCUUUAUUA